AGAAUGACGAUCCAGUUGAAGAAACAACUCGGACUUGUGGAUGGCAUCAGCUAUGUUGCCGGAGCUAUUAUAGGGUCAGGGAUCUUCAUUAGUCCGUCCCCGGUUCUGGCUGGCAGUGGUGGCUCUACGGGACUGGCCCUCGUCAUAUGGGUCGUGUGUGGGCUAAUAGCGAUGGCAGAAGCGCUAUGUUUCAUGGAAAUUGUGCAGAGAGUAAGAAAGUCAGGCGGAGUGUACACGUUUAUCUUUGAAGCCUUUGGCGAGUCCUUGUCGUUCGUAUUUCUAUGGAUGCAUAUCCUCGUAUUGAGACCAAUGUCUAUGGCUCUAGGGGCCUUGGCCUCCGCAACCUACAUAUUACGACCUUUGUUCCCGGAGUGUUCUCACAUGAUCCCUGCUCCAGCCGUCAAACUCAUCGGAACGUUGUUGAUAAUGCUAUAUGUCUUCAUGAACUGCUACAGCAUCAAGCGCUCAGCGGUACUACAAACAUUUAUUCUGGCAUGCAAAUUGAUAGCCAUCGGACUGAUCGUUAUAUUCGGUCUGGUGUAUAUCGCCAAAGGAACUGAUGAAGUGCAUUUGAACAAUCCUUUCAAUGUCGAGAGCAUUAGUAUGAAUGGGGUCAUCUUUGCUGUUUACGUAGGGAUUUUCGCCUAUGGAGGAGGGGAUUCCGCUUUAUUUGCCUUUGAAGAAUAUGUAUCUCCUAAAAGAAACAUCCCACUUGCAAUAGUGAUCGGUCACAUGAUCCCCAUCGUUGCCUAUCUACUGGUCAAUGUGGCGUACUAUAGCGUCCUCACAACAGAGGAGAUCACUUCCGGUCUGGCAGUCGCUGUGACAUUUGCUGAACAAUGCAUGGGCUUCCUUAAAUGGGGGAUUGUCGCGUGCAUCGUAUUAUCAACGUCAGGAAAUAUAAACCAAAACUGUUUUACUUCAAGUCGAAUGAUAUACGUAGCGGCAAGGGAAAACCAUUUCCCCCGAUUUUUCUCUAUGGUGAAUGCGAACAGACGAACUCUUUUGCCAGCUAUGAUUACAAUUAACAUGGUGAAACAAGACUGUUAG